ACCAAUAAGAAUACAGUUCUUAAUAAGCAAACUAUGACACUCUCCAAAAGAAGAUUUAGCCUAGUGCUUCCCAAAGGGUAAAUCCAAACCAACAUUGGCUAGGUAGUCUGCAACAGAAUUAACCUCCGUGAAGAGCUAUUUUUAUUUAUUAAGCUAAAUUCUUAUAGGAAAAAAAUCUAAAUCUCUAGCUUUUAAAAACAAAUAAUAAAACAAAAAUUUCACAUUUGUGAUGAAAGCAAAAACCCAGAAUGAGACUGAGAAGAACCAUCACAGCAAGACAUCCAUUUCACAUUCACAACCAUAGCUUCCAUCACUCUCACCAUGCACAAACACAACAUUGCCACCCCCACCACUACCUUCACCUUCUCCGUUCAUGCAAACACUUGAACCCUCUUCUCCAAAUCCAUGCCAGUUUGAUUGUCUCUGGCCUCCACCAGCUUCACCAUUCCAUAACUGCCCAACUAAUCAAUUCCUACUCUUUCAUCAACCAAUGCACCUUAGCUCAAUCAACAUUCAAUUCUAUCACAACCCCAUCUCUGAUUCUAUGGAACUCUAUGAUCAGAGCUUAUUCUAGGCUUCACCAGUUCCAGAAAGCUAUGAACUUGUAUCACAGAAUGUUGGAAAUGGGACUUGAACCUGACAAGUAUACAUUUACAUUUGUUUUGAAGGCUUGUACUGGUGCUUUAGACUUCCAUGAGGGUGUUUCUGUUCACCGAGAUAUAGCUUCCAGGGAGUUGGAAUGUGAUGUUUUUAUUGGGACUGGCCUUGUUGACAUGUACUGUAAAAUGGGUCACUUGGAUAGUGCAAGAAAGGUAUUUGAUAAAAUGCCCAGGAAGGAUGUUACUUCUUGGAAUGUUAUGAUUUCAGGGUUGUCUCAGAGCUCAAAUCUUUGCGAGGCACUGGAAAUGGUUUGGAGCAUGCAGAUGGAGGGUGUGGAGCCUGAUUCUGUGAGCAUCUUGAACCUGGCUCCGGCUGUAUCUAAGUUAGAGGAUGUUGGUUCUUGCAAGUCCAUUCAUGGUUAUGUGGUUCGAAGAUGUAUGUGUGGUGCGGUUUCGAACUCAUUGAUUGACAUGUACUGUAAAUGUGGUGAGCUGAAUUUGGCUCGUCAGAUUUUUGACAAGAUGCGGGUGAAGGAUGAUGUCUCAUGGGCGACAAUGAUGGCUGGAUAUGUACAUCAUGGUUGUUUCUUUGAGGUUAUUCAAUUACUUGAUAAAAUGAAGCAGAAAAAUGUUAAGAUGAACAAGGUAUCAAUUGUAAAUGCCCUGUUGGCAGUUGCAGAGAUGAGAAACCUAGAGAAAGGGAAGGAAAUUCAUAAUUAUGCUUCACAACUAGGGAUGAUGUCAGAUAUUAUUGUGGCUACUCCUAUUGUGAGCAUGUAUGUAAAAUGUGGUGAAUUGAAGAAAGCUAAAGAAUUGUUUUUUAGUCUUGAAGGUAGAGAUUUGGUUGCUUGGUCCGCAUUUUUAUCGGCUCUUGUCCAAGCAGGGUAUCCUAGAGAAGCAUUGUCUCUACUCCAAGAGAUGCAGAAUGAAGGUUUGAAACCAGAUAAAGCGACUCUGGUGAGUCUGGUUUCCGCAUGUGCAGAAAUUUCAAAUCCUAGAUUAGGUAAGGGAAUGCACUGCUAUACUAUGAAAGCAGAUGUGGAGUCUGAUAUCUCAACAAUAACAACCCUUGUCUCAAUGUACACUAAAUGUGAAUUACCUAUGUAUGCUAUGAAGCUAUUCAACAGAAUGCACUGUAGAGAUGUUGUGGCAUGGAAUACUUUGAUAAAUGGGUUCACCAAAUAUGGUGAUCCACAUCUUGCUUUGGAAAUGUUUCAUAGAUUACAAUUAAGUGGGAUUCAACCAGAUAGUGGAACCAUGGUGGGUUUGGUUUCAGCUUGCACCCUUUUGAAUGACCUCAACCUAGGAAUCUGUUAUCAUGGGAAUAUUGAAAAGAGUGGUUUUGAAUCAGACAUUCAUGUAAAAGUUGCUCUGAUAGACAUGUAUGCCAAAUGUGGGAGCCUUUGCUCUGCCGAAAACUUGUUUCUCUUAAUCAAGCAAUUAAAGGAUGAGGUAUCUUGGAAUGUGAUGAUUGCAGGAUAUAUGCAUAAUGACCGUGCUAAUGAAGCAAUUUCCACCUUCAACCAGAUGAAAUCAGAAAAUGUGAGGCCCAAUUUAGUCACAUUUGUGACCAUCCUUCCCGCUGUAUCGAAUUUGUCAGUAUUAAGAGAGGCGAUGGCUUUUCACGCCUGCGUAAUCCGAAUGGGAUUUCUAUCUAGUACCCUUGUUGGAAACAGUCUCAUAGACAUGUAUGCGAAAUGUGGACAACUCAGUUAUUCUGAGACAUGCUUUCAUGAAAUGGAAAACAAAGACACUGUCUCAUGGAAUGCAAUGCUUUCAGGUUAUGCAAUGCACGGCCAAGGGGACCUUGCCAUCGCUCUUUUUUCGCUAAUGCAAGAAACUCAUGUCCAUGUUGAUUCUGUUUCCUACAUCAGUGUAUUAUCUUCCUGCAGGCACGCUGGUUUAAUUCAAGAAGGAAGGAACAUCUUUGCGUCCAUGUGCGGAAAGCGCGAUCUAGAACCCAAUAUGGAACACUAUGCCUGCAUGGUUGAUCUUCUAGGCCGUGCCGGCUUAUUCGAUGAAGUAAUGAGCUUGAUUAAUAAAAUGCCAGAAGAACCUGAUGCUAAAGUUUGGGGUGCUCUACUAGGAGCGUGUCGAAUUCAUUCCAAUGUCAAGUUAGGGGAGGUUGCCCUCCAUCACCUCCUUAAACUUGAACCAAGAAAUGCAGUUCAUUAUGUAGUUCUGUCAGAUAUUUAUGCUCAGUGUGGUAGAUGGAUUGAUGCCAGAAGAACAAGAUCAAAUAUGAAUGACCAUGGAUUGAAGAAAAGUCCAGGGUAUAGUUGGGUUGGAGCUCAUGAACAAGGUUCAUGCCUUUCUGACAAGACACAAAGCCCUGCCACUAUGACCAAGGAUGCAUGUACCACUAAAAGCUUUCUUACAAACAGAGAGCAAUAACAUGGACAUAUAGCUGAUAAGAAUUUUUUUAUACUUUUUAAGCAAACUGAAGAAGUAAUUAUUUCUUCAUAACCAAAGGGGGUGUGCAAUCAAAUUUUCUCCUUUCAAUUAGAAAUGUAAAAGAAGCAUGCAAGAAUCACCAAGGUGUGUAUCAUCAUGUAUACUAGAAUUUAAACAAGGUGUUAUUAUCUAAAACUAGACAUUCAUUGAUUCAUAUAAUUUAA